AUGGCAGAUAUUAAACAACUUUUCGAAAAAAGACAUUUAUAUGUGUGGGUUAAUUCAAAUAAAAUUGGCAUAUUAAAUGCUUCCACUAAUCCUAAUCCACCAUUAAAUUCUAAUAUUUCAUUUUUAUUUUCUAAAAACAUUCAUAUUUUACCUGAUACAAUUAAGGAUGUCGCCUGUAGUUUAUUAAAUAAAACUUUAUCACGUCCUGUUGUAUCAGAGGAUAUUAAUGGUAUAAAUGAACUUAUUAAAACAAAUCAUUUUCGGUCUGCUGCUAAUUUAUGCCAAAAAUUAAUCGUAAAUAUAUUAUGUCAUGCUGAAUAUUUAAAAUAUUCUUUAAAUCCCUGGGAUUGUAUUCCAAGAAUCAAUCAAUUGGAGAAUAAUGUUAAAAAAGUUAUAAAAUUUUUAAAAAAUAAUAAUGAAGCAGAAAAUUUUAUAGAUGAUUGGAAUAAACGUUUAUUAAGUGUAGAAUUGAUGAAAGCUCGUACAUUAUAUUUUUUAAAACAAACACGUUUAUCUUUUGAAGUUUACAAUGGUCUUCUUUUAAGUACAAAAGAAGAAAAUUUAAAAAAACAAAUAUUACAAAUGCUAACACGACUAGCAAUAGUAAUUGGAGAUGAAAAAACUAUGGAAAAAUAUAUUAAGGAAUUGAAUCCUCAAAGUGGAGCAACACAAUAUUAUCUUCAUAAAUGUUUAAGGGCAAUUUUUAAUGGUAAUUAUUCAUAUGCUCAAGAACAAUUACAAAAUAUUUCAAGAACAAAUGACACAGAUCCAACUGUUAUAAAUAAUUUAGCUGUUUCUUUAUUAUAUAACGGAAAUCCUACAGAAAGUAUAGAAACUAUUAAAAAAUAUAAGGAGAUUCCAACUGAAGUAAUGUUUGCAAAUAUUCAUACAUUGUCAGAGUUAGUAUUGUCAAAUUGUGAAGAUGAAAAACAGUUUCUAUUUUCAAAAUGGGCAGAUAAAUUACCUGAUGGAUAUAAUGUACAAGAAAUGAAACUUUUACAACCAAAAUAA